AAAUUUAGCUUGAGUGUUAUUUGCACUUAUAAGGUGAGCACGCGGGUCACUGGAAUAAACACAAUGUCGAGGUGGUGGUGGAGGCACAACUACACUAGGGGUGGGUGGUGCAGUAUGCACUGGCGCGGAAAGAUUUGGAGGAAAUAUAAAAGGUGGUGUGGUCAUUUUCAAAAUGUGCAGAUAAAAAAAAAAAUUUUUAUUUUGCCAGAAAUUUUAAAUAUAAUGUUCAAUUAAUUUUUUAUUUUUUUUCUUUUUUUUAAUAAUAUUUAUAGUUAUUAUAGUUAUUUAUAUACACUCUCCCUUUAUAAAUCUAUAAGGCGGGAAAUUUUUGAUAAAGUGUUCUUUAAUAAUUAUGAACGCUUUAAC